GUUUGUUUUGUUUAUUUUAAUAUUGUUUAAUUAUUCUUACACAUUUAUUACGAAUCAAUUGCAAAAUGUCUAAGCGUAUACGCAACACUGAAGAGCAAAAGCUGAGAACACAGCUUAGGAGUGUGUUUAAAAGAGUGGUUCGAAUGCUCGUUAUGAAUAAACUUUGGUACGACGGUGAUCAAAAGAUUUCUACAAACGCUAAGAGAAAUAUAUCUCUCUUAGUGCGUCAAAAAAGAAAAAUUGGAAUGCUAACAGCUGCCGAGAAAACGCUUCUUAUUACACCCCAUCGAAUACGAACUAUUGCAGACCGCAAGAAACUUUGCAACUUGUUCUUAGAGCUAAGAUGCUUUUAUUGGAUUCCACCGAAAAUGCGUGCUCAUUUAAUUCCCGUUAUAAAAUAUAUAACAAUUUCCGCUGGUCGUACGGUUAUAAGAACUGGAGACAUGCCAGUUGCAGUUUACUUUAUUAUAACAGGAGAAGUUCAAAGGGCUUACACCAAAUAUAUAAAGCUGACUGGAAAGACUGAUACAAAAGUCGAAAUGAUCUAUGGACCUGGAGAUUGCAUUGGCGAUGUAGAAAUACUUGAAGACUGCUUACGCACUCAUUCAUUGAUAGCUGCAUCACAAUGUGAGCUCCUGGUUUUGUUUGAAUCUGACUUUAAUUCAAUACUAAAGCCUUACAUGCAGAAAAUUUGGAAUGAGAAGAAGAAAGCCAUUAAGGCACUGGACUACUUCAAAUUUCUUAAUGAAGAACAAAUAACAAGUGCAUGCAAAUUAGGGACCAUUAAACAGUUUAAUGCUUUGGACACAAUAUAUAACGAGGACAAGGGAACACUAACUAAUGUUCAUUUUGUGCUUAGCGGAGAGUGUUGUAUACUUCAAUGCCUUAAUAUGAAAGUAACUGUAAACAAUGGAAAGAAGAUAUAUGAACUUAUUGAUAUAGAGCGAGAUAACGGUAGUGAGACAAGCAUUCCGGAAAUUUCUUCAAUUAACUCAGCGGAGAGCCAAACAAAAAAAAAGAAUAUCCAGCCUAGAAAGUUUCAUAUAAGAGAAAUGGAGAAAGCUUGUGGGCUUGGCGCCAAAACCCAAUUACCUAGUAUAACUACAUCUUCAAAACGAACCCUUAGUGCAUCAAUACACUAUUAUGAAGAAGAGUAUAAGUACUAUCUCGACGAAUAUUUAGAGGAGGGUAAACCGUACAGUUCCAGAAGCCAUUCGAAAACCUCUGUAAAGGACAUUUCUAGUUUUAGAUCAAGCAUUUCAUUUGCAAAGCAGCUUUCAAAAAUUCCUUCAAGCUUAAGCAUUUCAUCUUCCUCAAGCAUAUCAAUAGAUUCUGAUGCAAUGUUAGAAUCUGAAAGAGAGCUAUCUCUAUCAGAUUCGGAAGAUGAAGCAAUCGAAAGCCGUUUUAUUGAUGUUGGAUCCCUAACAUUCGGCGGUAUCUUCGGAUUGGGAGAACAAAUAAAAGACCGUGUUAUAAUGGCACGCAGUACAGUGCAAUGUUUAAUGCUGCCCAGAUUUUUCUUAUUAGAAAAAGAACAAAAUCCAGAAAAUGUGUGGCAUAGGCGACUUUUUUAUAUGGAGUGUAUAAUACCGUCAAGAGAAACUUUAUUUGAUGAUUUUUUAAAAACAUUAAAUUGGAAAAAAUUUAAGCACGACUUUAUAAGUCAAAGCUUAAAAUCAGAUACAAAUGACAUUGGUAGGGAAGAAGAUAUACCAAUAAUAUGUCGUAUUAUCGAAAAUAUGUAGAUUUAAUUAUUCCAUUGAAUUAUUAAUUGCAACACUUAAUAAUCCAAAUUUAACGCAUGUGACUGCCACCUAAGUUUCUUACUUUCAACUAAAAACAUAACUACACUGAAAAUCUAAACUGUUAUUUUUCACAAUAAAAAUGAAUUCAGAUG